GGAGGAGGCCCGGAGGAGGCCGCGGCCGGUGCGAGGCCGCGCAUGCUCCUUCUCCUCCCCGCCCUCCGGCCGGUCCUGCGCUGGGCGCCGCGCCUCGCUCCCCUCCCGGCCGCCCUCCGCCUCCGCCCGCCGCCCCUCAUGAAGCCCCUCGUCGUCUUCGUCCUCGGCGGCCCCGGCGCCGGCAAGGGCACCCAGUGCGGCCGCAUCGUGGAGAAGUACGGCUACACGCACCUUUCGGCCGGGGAUCUCCUCCGAGCCGAGCGGAAGAGGCCCGGCUCUCAGUACGGCGAGCUCAUCGAGAAGUACAUCCGGGAAGGAAAGAUCGUGCCCGUUGAGAUUACCAUCAGCUUGCUGAAGAGGGAGAUGGAUGAAACCAUGGCCGCCAACGUCCAGAAGAGCAAAUUUUUGAUCGACGGCUUCCCCCGGAACCAGGACAACCUCCAAGGCUGGAACAAGACCAUGGAGGGGAAAGCGGACGUGGCUUUUGUUCUCUUCUUCGACUGCGACAACGAGGUCUGCAUUGAGCGCUGUCUGGAGAGAGGCAGAAGCAGUGGAAGAAGUGAUGACAACAGAGAGAGUCUAGAAAAGAGGAUUCAGACUUACCUGCAGUCCACCAAACCCAUCAUCGACCUCUAUGAGAAAAUGGGAAAGGUCAGGAAGGUGGACGCCUCCAAGUCGGUGGACGAGGUGUUUGACAGAGUCGUGACUAUCUUUGACAAGGAAGGCUAGUCCCGACCCCAAAACCCGUUGGAAAUCACCCUCGACUCUCACUCCGUUAGCUGCUACGACAGUCCUUCCUUUUUCUUCCUUUUUCUUUCCUUUUCUUCCCCCAGUUCAUUGGCUUAAACUUUUUAGAUCUCACUCCGGUUGGACGGCCGGACAGAAAUCGAUCUUAGAUGAAAUCGUUUAUGAAUCGUCAGUCUCUUCUCGUGGCUCCCGUAGGCAGUCCCGGAGUUCGGCCGUGAAGACCCGGUGGCUUGAACGGUGCCUCAUUUUCUCUCCAGAAAGUGGCGGGGGGGGGGCGGGGGGGUCACCUCACAGUCCACCUCGGGGAGAGCCGGACCAGACAGGGUUCCCGGGGCUGGGGGUCCCCACUACACAUUAAAGAGAAUUCGAACCUGCUGUGUGGCUCUGUGGACCAGAUUUCAGAACCCUCUGGGGCCUGAGGUGACUAUGCGGAAUGGAAUGGUGACACAAAACCCGCUGCCUCAGGUUGUAUUUUCUUUUUUUAUGGUAUUUGUUAAGCACUUAGUAUGUGCCAGGCACCGUACUGAGCUCUGCGGUACAUACAAGGUAAUCAGACCGGACAGUCUGUGUCCCACAAGGGGCUCACAGUCUUAAUCCCCAUUUUACAGAUGAGGGAUUUUACAGUGAAAUGACUUGCCCAAGGUCACACAGCGGGCAAGCGGCAGAGCUGGGAUCAGAACCCAAGUCCUUCUGGCUCUCGGGCCCGGGUUCUAUCCACAAGGCCACGCUACUUCUCUGUGAAUAUCUGAGCGUUGGUCCGCUAGAUGACGGUCUCUGUCCAGUCGAGGGCUUGCUUUGGCCGUGGAGAAAGAGCGGCCUUCCUGAACGGACCCUCAGGUGACUGCCGAGAUCAUCCAGUCAGCGUCUGCUUUGCCUGAAGAGGAGGGAUGGGAGGGCAGAAGUUUCAGAGGUUGGAUCAAAUUGAGUGUGUCCCCUUUACUACCCUUUAACGUGGGUUGCGAACAACCCCUCCCCACCCCCUACACACACCCCUCAUCCUCUCAGGAUCUGUAGGUGCAGACUGCCUCUGCAGUUCAGUUUUUGGAACAAUUUAAAAGGAAUUGUGGACACUCUCGACUUCAGUGAGUUUAAGUAAUUAGAAGGGGUCUAUUUAAAAAACAACUACAAAACUCCGGAGGUUAAUUUUGUCAUUUGUGUUUUGUUUUAAUCGGGAAACCCAUUAUUUUUCCUAUUUGUUUUUGGAGGAUUAAAAAAGUAAUAAUUGCACUUUGAUGGUCUGAUGAGGAAAAAACAAUAAAUAUGUCUCAAAGUGUUUGCUUCCCUAA